GCGGGCGGAGCGGGCCGCGGCUGGGGAAGUUUGCGCGGCGGCUCGAGAGCGCAGGGUGCGGGCCCCGCCGGCCGCUGCGCGCCCGCUGCCAUGGCUUUCCGCAGGAGGACGAAAAGUUACCCGCUCUUCAGCCAGGAGUUCGUCAUCCACAACCACGCGGACAUCGGCUUCUGCGUGGUGCUCUGCGUCCUCAUCGGGCUUAUGUUCGAGGCAAUCGGAAAAGGUGGCAAAGCAAGACUGGCGCCCCUGAAAUACUUGCGAACUCUGACAACAGGCUUUCUGGACAGAUGUUUCCUGAUUGCAGUCACCGCCAAGACUGCCUUCCUAUUUAUUUUACCUCAGUAUAACAUUAGCGUGCCUACAGCAGACGGUGAGACUGUGCACUACCACUAUGGGCCGAAGGACCUGGUCACCAUCUUGUUCUAUGUCUUCAUCACCAUCAUCCUGCAUGCUGUGGUUCAGGAGUACAUUUUAGAUAAAAUCAGCAAACGGCUUCACCUCUCCAAGGUCAAACACAGCAAGUUCAACGAAUCUGGGCAACUGGUCAUCUUUCAUCUCAGCUCGGUGAUAUGGUGCUUCUACGUGGUGGUGACGGAAGGAUAUUUAACAAACCCAAGAAGCCUCUGGGAAGACUACCCACAUGUGUACCUCCCCUUCCAGGUGAAGUUUUUCUACCUGUGUCAGCUGGCCUACUGGCUGCACGCACUUCCUGAGCUGUACUUCCAGAAGGUACGGAAGGAGGAAAUUCCCCGCCAGCUCCAAUACAUUUGUCUGUACCUGGUCCACAUAGCUGGAGCAUACCUCUUAAACCUGAGCCGCCUGGGCCUCAUCUUGCUGCUGCUGCAGUACUCCACCGAGUUCCUCUUCCACAUGGCUCGACUCUUCUACUUUGCAGACGAGAACAACGAGAAGCUGUUUAAUGCUUGGGCUGCUGUAUUUGGAAUCACGCGCCUCUUCAUCCUCACACUCGCCGUGCUGGCCAUUGGCUUUGGACUUGCUCGUAUGGAAAACCAGGCCUUUGACCCUGAGAAAGGGAACUUCAACACCUUACUUUGCAGGCUCUGCGUGCUGCUGCUGGUGUGUGCCGCCCAGGCCUGGCUCAUGUGGCGCUUCAUCCACUCCCAGCUGCGGCAUUGGCGGGAAUACUGGAAUGAGCAGAGCGCCAAGCGGAGAGUCCCGGCUGCCCCCAGACUGCCAGCCAGGCUCAUCAAGAGGGAAUCUGGUUACCAUGAAAACGGAGUGGUGAAAGCGGAGAAUGGGACCUCCCCACGGACUAAGAAACUCAAGUCUCCUUGAGGCCAAAGUGCCGGAACAGGGAUCCUGUCGUGGGCGCCCAGCAGGAAGGUGGGGAGCCCGGCCCCCACCACUGCCUCCCCCCGCCUGCUCCUGAUGCUGCGUCUCAAGCAGCAGGAACCUGUCUUCGAACGGGGCUUUUCUUCUUUCUUCUUUCUUGGUUUUCUCUCCUUCCUCUUCCAUAAACCAUUCUCAAUAAAACCAAAACUCUUCUUCUUUCUCUCCCUCAAGCCACCUCAUGUCCUCACCUCUGUGCUGUGUUGGGUUUCUAGAAGCCCAGGCUCUCGUUGUUGUCUCUCUGCUUGCCUCCUCUUUCUCUUCCUUCAUGGCUGCUUCCCCUGACUUUUCACCGUAUUGUGCAAUUUUUCUGUGUCUGAUUUUUACAAUGAGAGGGAGCUCAAAUAGCAAUCCCGGCCAUCCAACACCCAGCAUCAGUCCCCAGGACCUGUCAAAGUCAGAAGCCUCGUGCCAGUGAGCCUCCACCCGGGGCUGGUCGCAGGCCCCUGGGGGGCCCCCGUGUUGGGGCAAGGAGAGGAGAGACCAGCCCUCUGGGAUCAUUAUCUCCAGGUGCUGAUUAACCCAGAUGUAUGGUUCCAGUCCAGAGGCCUGGUGGCGCCACUGCCCCUUGGCAAUGCCGGGGCAUUUGACUGUUGGGCAUGGUGACCUGUGACUCCUGAAAGGUGGUGGUAACUGUGUUGGGUCCCGUGACUCAAGACUGCUUCCUGGUGGCCAGUCCUGGAUGGAGGCCAGUCAGCCCCCACUCUGCUGGGGAGAUGCCGAAGGAGGACAAGCCUUCCCACCCUCUAGAGCAAGAACAAAGUGGACAGGGCAGCAGGCUCUUCUGGAAAGGUAAUGGUGGCAGAGGUGAUGGAGUGGUCGACCUAGGCCUCUCUUCAGCCCGGGCUGCUUUUUCAACUGUUCACCAGCAUUCAAACCCCAAUUAAACCACAGUUCACAGAGCAGUCUGGAGAUGCGGGUCCUGAAGCCCAGAUGCAGGCGGCCCUGCGAGGGGCUGGCCUCAUGGCCUGCUUCGUCUCUCUUGCUGCAGGAACCCCAAGGUCCCCCCACUGGCCCCCCUGGUGCCGCAGGGAGGGUCGCCCGGCUACUUACCCGCCCGCUUAUCUGUUAAGUGGCUUUGGGAUGGUGGUCGCCACCCUGCGAUGUUUGCUGAGCGUACCUGCUCGUUUUAGGCUGUACGAAAGCAGGACUGACUCAGAUGCAUCCACAGGGUAGAUGAGCAGACACAGCGGUGCCACAGGGAGGCCCCCGCCCUGCCCCUCACAUAGUCCUUCCCUCUUCUCCACCCAAAGACAAGGCCCCCAAGUCUGUAUGGGGCCUGGGGAGGACUUCCAGAAGGGGUCAGGCUCUUAGGCUCUUAGAGUUGUUAAGAACUCUUGAACUCUGCGCUGAGGUGUGGGGAGCAGUUUUCAGUGGGUGUAGAGAUGGUGUCAUUUGAUGUGCUGGUCCUCUAUUCUGGUAUCACAGUAGAAGCCAAACCUUGGAUUAUUAUCCUCAAAAGGGAGAGAUGGGCCUUUUCAUCAUGGCAACUCCCCUUCCCCAUGUUGCUUAUAUCAGAGAUAGAUUUAAUUUUCCAGGAUCUGCAGGAUUUGCACCCGAACACCAUCGUAUACCCUCCUCUCUGUCCAGGAUAGGGCUGUGGAAACGGGAAGAGCUACCCUUGGCCUCUGAGGAGCCUUAGGAAGCAGGAUGGCAUUUUUGGAUAGAUGCAUUUCUCCCAUCUUCUCUGACGCUUCUCUGGGCCAUAGAGCAGAACGCUGCCAAGCAGGUGGCUUGGUGUCAACCCAGCAGAUGAGCCAAGACCCCCUUUAGCCACUUGACCAAAUACCCGCACCCAGGCUGUGGUUUUGUUCACACCCCCUACCUUGCCCUGUGAGGCCAGCAGCCUCCACACCUGCCCCAUCGGCCACACCGCCCAUCCCGGUUCCUCCCCUGGCUGCGUCCCGGCAGCGUGCUGCUCCCCGCCAGGGGCCACUCCCCCAGGUGAGCCCCGGUUCAGCUUUGGCAGGUACGCAUGUGCUGCAGGCCGGGAGGUGGGGAGAGCGGCUCGAGGCGUGCUGUCAGACGGCCUCCCUUCUCACGUCCAUAGACAUCCUAAAUAUUUGUUGCUUGAGACCACAUGGCCUCACGUUCCCUAAGUCUCUUGCAAGCGUCUGGUGCUGUGGCAUGUGUGGUUCAGAGGUGGCACCGCUCCCCCACCCCCCAAGUGGCUGGGGCCAACAUAGGCUCUGUUCCACAGAGGACGGGUGUGUGCUGGGCUGAGGGGUCAUUUUUUUUUUUUUUCCAGCCAUGUCAACACCCCUGAGACUAUGAGUAAGGCUCCCAUGUCACCAGCCCGGCCUUAGGCAUGAUUAGAGGGCAGGGGCGAGGAGAGUGACUGUAGGGUGCUUUGUCACCCCACUGGCAUCCCCGCCACGUUUCAGAGCGGAGCCUGGGCUUGGCAGGCUGGCUCCGAGCAGGUUGCCAGGGGCGGAAAUAACCCCCGUUCGUCCUGAGCUGCUUGUGCUGGCUUCUCCUGACCGGGCCACCUUGGCUGUCUUCGUGGGUCUUCAACACGCUGUUCUGUGCCCAGGAGGCCAGGCCAGCUCCAGGUUUGAGAGGCGGGCUCGGCAAGAGCAGAACAGACGCUCAUCUACCUCAGCACCAGCCGCCUCUGCCCAGACCGCCCCUGACCAGCCCGGGCGCGGAGGCGGCUGAGCAGGUGGCAGUGGCGGGAGAGGCAGGCCGUGUGGUGGGGCUGGGGGACCCUUGCUGCUGGGGUUCGGUGGUGAGAGAGUUAUUUUACCAUCAGGCUCUGAUAACUGCACUAUUAAUAAGUUACACGUGUUCUUUUUGAAGGUAGGGAAGUUUCUGGAGGAAACUGGGUGUAAGCAGAGCCAGGAGGGGAGCUGCUCCGCCCCCAUCCUAGUGCUUUCUCACCCUGUGUGCUGGGGGCAGGGGGAGGCCACCAGACCUAAACGGUUGCCAGGAGCCUUUUCUGUUUCUCUCCCAAGGCAGAGCUCACUAACGUUUCAGAAACCAAAAUAGACCUUGUGGCUCUGGCCACUUUGCAGGUGCUUCUCUUGACUGGAAUCCCUCGGCACCUAGAGACCCCUGAAGCCUGGCCUGGGUGUUCUCGGGGGAGUGCGCGUCUGGGUUCUCCUCUAAAGACCUCCUUCCUCAGUACCCUUGGGCUUUUUUCCUAAGUGGUGAAGGAGAGGUAGGGGCAGAGGAUACCCCCUCCCAAGAUUCCACAGGAGCAAAUUCUGUUCCCUGGAUGCCUUUUAAAAUUUGCAGUGGCUUGCCAGGCCCCAUGUGGCCAUGGAAGGCUUGGUUUGGAUCUCCUUCACAGGUUUUAGCCUUCCUGGUCGAGUGUUCCUCCCCGGCCGCAGGCCUCAGAGACCCAAGGGAACGGACUUCAUUCCCAAAUGUCGAAUGUCACGGCUCCCUGUUCCUCCCUGACGGAGGCAGGACAACAGAGUGGUCUUUAUUCCCUCCUGCUGCCUCCCCCGCCCGUGGCCCUGCCCCUCAGUAGGAACUGUGGGCACGACUGGGGACCCGGGUCAUCGUCAGACCGUGUGAAACUUCAAUAGAGGCCCUCUCCGGCCCAGCUGGCCCCGAGAGGAAGUCUUCACCGACUCGCCUCCCUUCACUCUGGUGUCCCCAGCCAUGGAGGGCAGCUGCCUCCCCUCCGGCCCACUCCCUCUCUGUAGAGCGGCCUCAGAAAAGCAUUGGGACUUCUGCGUCCCGGGCUGACCCUGUGCUCGGUGACCCCUGAGGGCUCCUUUCCUGAGCAGACCCUCAGCCUUUUUAUGUAAGAAGUGCCUUACUUGCUGCACAGUCUUCCAGCCUUGGCUUGUGCUGGGUGGCCUCCCCACACCCCCCUACACAGCCAGGCCUCGAGCAUGGUUUGUCAUGUGACCCUGGACCCUGGUACAUGUACUCGUAGAGGGGACAUGGACUGUGACAGUUUGGCUUCAUUGGUCUUAGUCCCCUCCCUCCAUGGUGUUGGGGUCCAGAGUAUGUUGUAGGUUUUGUUCCUGGUUUCUCCCUCGUGUUGGCUUUCUGGCCCACGUGGGUGGCUGCAGAAGCCCCAACAGCCCAGCUGCAGGCACCCGCACCUCCUACCUGGGGUGGGAGGCCCAGAGACCUCGGGGAGCACUAGGCCUCAAGGGGCCAGCGCCCCCCCCCCCCGCCCCAGCCCACCAGAUUAAAAAGAAAGGUAGCCUGGCUAUAACCUCCUCUUCCCAUUCAACCCCCAGCUGAUACAAUAAAGGUGUUUACUUUUACUUCCCAGUCACAAGUGUUUGCUCACAGAGCCUGGGCUGACCGUGGGUCUCAUUUGGCUGUUGCAGAAUUCCUUGGCGCUCCUAAUUCAGUGUUCCCUAUGUUAGCAGCAGCUGCCUGCCUUGCUCCUCCGGGUUGUGCAAUAACUCUCCCAGCCAGUGGUCUUUCCACGGGCCCCACUGUCCCCAAACACCCUGCAGUCGGGAAGGGAAGGGCCCCGGGGGAGGGUGGUCGUCAUCCCCUACAGAAGAAAUGGGUGCCACUUUCCCUUCGUUGCUGUCAUUGUCUUCGUCCUGGCUGGGUUUCUGUGGCACUCUUCUAGAACACUGUAGCAUCACCAUAUAGUUUAACAAAAUUCUGAUGAAAAGGAAAAAAAAAAUCCCACCAUCCUUACGAUGGGGCAUUAAAUAGGUGUCUGGGAAUAAGAUCUCUUGUCACACCUGAGAUGUCACCGUCGUUCUGCCUAAAAGCAUUCUAGAGUUUCUUGUUUGUGUGGAGAGGAAGGAGGUUGUUCUGAGAAGCAGCCCUGUUCACCUGCUAGGAGCUGGCUGGGCCUGAAGUACCACCGUUUCCUUGGGUACGGACGCGAGUGUUUAUGUGAUGAGACCACACACCUCAUUUUUCACUUCUUGUUUAAUAAACACCUGAAGGAUGAGCUGAGGCUGCUGGUGCCAUGAGCAACUCAUAAUGCAAACGUGGACAAGUUGUCUUUGUUUUUCUACUUUAGCCUGUUCAUGUUAUGGACCAAAUUUCAACAAGGAACUCAAGGAAAAUUUGUACCUGCCGUAUUUAUGCUUUCAUGUAAAAGGUUUUGUUUUGUUUUGGGGGGGGGGGGGUUCUUUUUACUUUCAGUGAACUUUUUUCAAAAGCCUUUUCCACAGUUUCUGUCUGGUUUUAAAACAAAUUACAGUUUUGUAUGGAUUUUUUUUAAAUGUACAUUUUGAAAAAUCAACAAAUAUUUUUGAAAUAACUGAAUAAAAGGCAUAGAAUUAUCCAUCUAA